AAGUGGUCUGAUAAAGACUCAUAUGCGGACGGUUGUGACACAGGGGAGGAAGGUUUUUGGUGAUUAAAGACAGAGAAAUGCUGACCUUAGUCUGCAUGGAGGAGGGUCAAAGGAAUUGCUCUGAAGAUUCAGGAUGUUCACCUCUGCCUGGGACCGAAGAACACAAGUUUACAGGUCACUCAUCCCCGACAGGAAAGAUACAGGUCAUUGGUGACAUCUUCCAGUUCACUUUGGAUGUGAGUGAAUUUUCUCCAGAGGAAGUUAUUGUCAUAACCUCUAAUAAUCUACUAGAGGUCCAGGCUGAUAAGGUGGGUGAAGGUGGCACAGUCACCAAAGCACUUUCACACAAAUGCAAACUGCCAUCAAAUGUGGACCCCUUCUCUGUGAGCACGUCCAUGAGCAGCAGUGGGGUUCUGAUUGUGAAAGCUCAAAAGAUGUGACCUCAGAGUUUGGAGAAAAGCAGUGGACUUUGUCGGCCUCAAGCGGUGGAUAAAUGAACUUCUGGAUGCAACGUUCAUGGAACAUUUACGAAAAACUCGAAAUUCUCAGCUAAAACACUAACUGUACUUAAAAAUGUCAAAAACCGCAAGCAAUAAUUAAAUUGAUCUACUUUUGUUAUUGUGCUGGAUAAAAUUUGAGAAUUAAAUGUACCCUUUCCAAAUGUGCUUAAAUAAAGAAAUCUAAUUAAACAUUUUUAGAAAAUU